UGCUACGGCGGAUGGGCGACGAGGCGGCAGCUGAGGCGAGAUCACUGGGCUAAGUUCGUAACAUGAGAUCGGGCCGCUAAAAUUAGCACCACUUUUCGGCGAUGACGUCGUCUCCCCCUUCCGCAGCAGCCCAGCGCCGGAGAGCCUGCGGCGGCACUACACUGGGUGCCUCUUCUGACAGCGUGCUUGCCGCUGUCCACUACCACCGCGCAGUAAUCGGGCGGCGGCGGUGGUAGCCGUCCCACACACACGUGCGCACGCUACAAACCAAAGUGAUCGACGGAGUGACCACCACAUGCCAGCGUCCCAGUGUACGACGAAGAAACUCCGCAUCUUCUCCGGACGAGUACUGGUCGACGACGGUGCGUCUGCGGCUGUUUCGACGUAUGUGCUCUACGGUGUUGCGCUGGGGUAGGGUUCCGAUGUAGCGCGCUGUUCGUGGCUGAUUCAACCGCGGAUAUAUCGUAACGAGAUACAAGUGGUGUGCCCUACGGUCGCGAAGACCGCCUAAAUAAACCAUGGUGGUGCAGCAAGACGCCGAACCGCCGCCCUCGGCUGCCGAGGAGAAAGGCGAGAAAAAACACAAGCUCAGACAGCGGUUCCAGGUGAUUCGAAAGCUGGGACAGGGAACGUACGGCAAGGUGCAACUGGCCAUCAACAGGGCGACAAACCAAGAGGUGGCGAUCAAGACGAUCAAGAAGUCCAAGAUCGAGACGGAACAGGACUCUUUACGGAUCAGGAGGGAAAUCCAGAUCAUGUCCUCUAUACAGCACCCUUACAUCAUCCACAUAUACGAAGUAUUCGAGAACAAGGACAAGAUCGUCCUGGUGAUGCAGUACGCGAGCGGAGGCGAGCUGUACGACUACGUCAGCGAGAGGAAAGAACUCACCUCCGAGGAGGCGCGACGAAUAUUCCGCCAGGUGGCCUCUGCAGUCUACUACUGCCACAAGAACAAGAUCUGCCACCGCGACCUGAAGCUGGAGAACAUCCUGCUGGACGAGAAGGGCAACGCCAAGAUCGCCGACUUCGGCCUGUCCAACGUGUACGACGAACGCCACUUCCUGAGCACCUUCUGCGGGUCGCCGCUGUAUGCUUCGCCAGAAAUCGUCAAGGGCACGCCGUACUACGGACCAGAGGUGGACUGUUGGAGUCUGGGUGUUCUCCUCUACACGCUGGUGUACGGCGCCAUGCCUUUCGACGGCAGCAACUUCAAGCGGCUCGUGCGCCAGAUCUCCGAGGCGGACUACUACGAGCCCAAGAGGAAGUCAGAUGCGUCGGGCCUCAUCCGUCGCCUUCUGACCGUGGACCCCGCCAAGCGAGCGACAGUCAUCGACAUAUGCCAGGACCGCUGGGUCAACCAGGGCUUCGACCACUCGCUGCUGCAACUCGCCGAAGACAUGUCCAACCUGACGCCCGUGCGAUUAGACCUACUUUUGGCGCUGGCCCCGGCAUCGCCGACGCCUGAGGAAGCCUUUGACAAGGCCGCCAACCCGCCGGACGGCGCGGAGAAGAGUGACAGCUUCGACUUCCAGCCGGCUGAGCAGUUGAAGAACGACGACUCGGCUGACUUCAUUCCGGCAGCGCUGGCUGCCGAGCUAGAGAGCCAGAACAUCAAGCGCCAGUGCUCGACAGACGGCAGCCUGAUGAGGAUGUCCAGCGUGUCACACAAGAACAAGAGGGUGCGUACGUCCGACUCGUCUUCCAGGAAGUCGAGCGUGGGAAUGCUGGGAGGACCGUUUGUGCACGACGACGAGUUCGAGGACGAACAGCAGCAGCAGCACCCGCAGGAGGCACCCGCUGAGGCCGUUGACGAGUCCAAAAAGAAGGGGGGCGACUGCGACGGCGUCGCCUGUUGUGCAAGACGACAGAGGAGUCCAGGAAGCCCCGGCGACAUCCAUAAGCGACAAGAAGCCGAUAGAACAGGGAGGAGAGGCGGUCGCCGAAAGCGCCCGCAAGCCUCACACAGGCGUCUCCGGCAACGAAUUCGGCGUCCCCAAAGUUCAAGGACACCAAGAAGCCGCCGCUGCCGCAAACACCCAAGUCGGCUGCCGCAGAACCACCCUGUAUCGUUGCUCCGGAGGACAAAGGUGCGAGACCCGCUUCACCGGCCGCCGCAGCGACGGAAGAGUCCACCGCAGCCGGAGAAAGUAGUGCACAAGAGAGUUAUUCCCGUGCCCAGGCGGCCCAAGAGUAAGAGCCCCCUGGGCGCCAGUCCCAGGGAAAGAGAAGUCGGGUUCCCGACAGCCGCGGCCGAAGGUGACAAGUCGCCAUCUGUGGAGAGGAAGCGAGACGCGGUACCUGUGACCUCCAGAGGCAUCCUGCGCAGGAGCGCGUCCAAGCCUCAGCGCGAGCUGUCUACUGAAGAAGGCAGCAAGGAACCGGACGUAGCGGACAACGUUCUCCAGAGUACGGCUGAGAUCACGCUCAGCAACCGGAAGAAAGCAGAGGAAGAGCAGCAGAAGCAGUCCUCAGCUUUGUGGGACAACGCGGUUCCGGGCACGCCGGAAGAAGAAAUUCCCGAACAGGAAGCCCCGCCGCGCAGGAUGUCGCCCGAAGGUUCCUCUGCAGACGAGCACGCCAGGCUGGCCGCGGACUCUCCCGUGCGGAGCUACAAGAAGUUCACGUUCGGUAAGGACGGUACAUGCAUCACGGAGAGCGGUCGCGUCUACGCACAGCCCAAGUCGGACGGCUCGUGGACGACGGUCGAGAAGAAGACCAAGAUCACGCGAAGGCCGAGCAACGUGACGAGCUGUGGACGAAGAGGUCGUGCGCACUCCUGGCCCGCCACCGAAGGAAACUUGACGGUGCCGCGAUCUGCUAGCGGCAGCUCGUCCGAGUCCACCGACAUCUUCAACGACAUGUUCCCGGACUGGCGCACCUCGAGCCCGUUCGGAAACCUCAUGCGAAUGAAGAGUUCAAUCAAGAAGCUCAACAAGGGCUCCCUGUUCCGCGGCGCGGACCCGUUCGCCAGCAUGGAGCCGUUCCGGCGAGAGCGGAUGCCCGAGAGGCGGGCCCGCGAGUGGGGAAGGCGCAGCGGCGGCGGCGGCCAGGUGUCCACGUCAACCGACAGGGAUUCUUCAGAUGAAGACGACUUCGACCUGCACUUCGACAGCUCGCACCCACAAGCCCUGUUCCAGUUCAUGCGCAACAUGAGUCGCGACUUCCGGAACCACUGGAAAAGCUUCCUGCCUUCCUCGUCUCCUUUCUCGAGGUCUUCCAAGGAGCCGUCCUCGCCGUCCUCCCGACCUCAGAGAGAGACGCUGCUGCGGUUCGUGGUUGACAAGCCGUCGAAGGCGACCGGAAGCGAACCCGGAACGCCGCACAGCCGGGUCGCGGGCGAUCCUUUCUCCAAGCGGUCGUCGGGAGUUUGGGACCCCGUCGACAGGGCAUCGCUCUUCGGCACGCUGCGAAGGAACAGGCUUCAGGACCUGCCCGGACGUCACCACGCCGACCGCGGCACUUCGCUGGACCGCGGCGCGGGCAACUCAGACUUCUGGGGUGUCCACCAGGAUCCGGAAGGAACGCGACACCGGGUCGAAAAGUGGCUGCACUUAUCCAACGACAACGCGGAUCCUCUCCAGUCACGUGGCGAAGAAGGCGCCCAGCAGCGGUGCCAGCAAAAGUACAACCGUUCGCAAAGCGACAAGUUCAACCUGGGCGAGGAAAGCCGACCCGUCUACCAGAGCGAGAUCAGCGUGGAGAGUAACAGGACGGCACCACCGGGGGCUCCCUGCAGCCGCUCCCUGAGCGUCAACGAGCGCGGCGGAGGCCGUAGGCCCCUGGUCCGGAUGCAAGUAUCCAUCAACAACCGGAGCAGCAACCCGAACGCACACAUCGUAAUCACCACGCCGCCGACGACGUCAGCGCGCACCGAGUGCGGCCUUUGGCCGCAGGACGACUCGGUGCGCCGGGACGACGGUGAUUCCCCGGGCGCCGCAGACUCGUCGCUCCUGGAGGCGCUGCAGACACGCGGGCUGAGAAGCCUGCUGUCGCAGCGCAGCGGCUCUCUGGCACGCGAAGUGAGCCCGAGGCGGGGUGAACCUCCCGACCGCCCAGCGCAGUCCGAGCGAGGUAAGCCCGGCGGAUCGAGCCUUGCCCCGCCCGAGACUGCAUGCUGCAUGGAGACUAACUCUCCUAAGGAGGCCACGCAACAGCGGCCCAAAUUCAUCCCCGUCUCGAUGGAGCGGCGGACGAGCGACGCGAGCGUGCACAGCCCCGGCUCGCGCAGUCCGGGAGAAGAGAGCGUCCAGGAGAGGAUCCACAGGAAGAGCUUCUACCCGCGCUUCCACGAUGACCCCAGGGCGGCCGCCAGGCGCCGCUCGGCUCUGUGGGACACCGAGUACUCGGGCCUCUGGAGCCAGGAGCUGAGAGACCGAGACGACGCGGCGCUGCUGAGGAAGUCUCGAAGCUUGUGGGACAACAACCACGUAAGAGAGCCCAGAAGUCGCUCCGUGGCCAGGACGGCGGCCGGGACCCCGCUGUCGGUCGCGCCCCCGCAACUAAGCCGGCACGGGCAGCUGUGGGACCUAAGCUUCGACGACGUACCCGGCGACAACGGCAUCAGAAACUACCGCUGCAACAGGACAGAGUCCAAGGACUAUGAUAGCCUUGAAAGUGACGGGCCACCGUCUUAGGAACUACGAAGCAUGGUGUGUGUGUGCGUGUGUUAAUUUAAUUGGUGGGGCUGUUCCCCGCAUAUUAGUGUCGCAUGGUGGUGUGAUGCCCGGUGCACUAGGCAAUGAAAGAUGCUCAUGGAAGCGCUAGUCCUUUUUUUUUUUCAUUCUCCUUCUCUGCUCUUAAUGAGCCGAAAUUGAAUCUGUGCACAGCAGUUUCAGCAUAUUGUGGCUGAGAACCAGUGCGUAAUGGCCACUAGCUGCCUGCGACUGAAGCUCAAAGCAAUAGGUACAAUAUGGCGUCUCUAUAACUUAUAUAAAGCGAACAAAAUAUCAAUUUUUAUGUACCAAAGCAAUGCGUGCGCGAACAGCGAUGCCAUUUUGAGCUUGCCGCUAAAAACGCGGGAAUACACAGAUUCGCUAUGUCAUCAUAUGCUGAUGUGGCAUGCACGAUUGGUACAGCUUAAUACAGUCAUAUUUUUCAUUCAGUGACAAGCUGGUCAUUUAUGAGAAGUGUUCCAUACAAAUGGCAUUCUGCAGUGGCUCGGACGUGAGCGGAAUAGUACUUUUUUUUUUUACUUUGAUGCAGAAAAUAGUUCGUUUCUGCGAUGAUCGACUAAGUUUUUACAAACGUGACGUACACGUUGGCAAUAAGAUUGUUUUCCGUUUUUUUUUUCUGUUGUGCUGUACUUGGGUUUCAGUGCUUUCUUGGGCUGCUUUGCAAGCUUUGUGUUUCGCGCUGCUAAUUCGCUCAGAAGCGAAGAAACUGAUACUUUAUUGUCUCUCUUGCUUGUACCGCUCAAAUACUCUCAUCUCAGUCGCCGACUCUAAGCCCAUCGUUUCUAAAGCUUGCUUGUGUCCAUCCUGGGCACAAUCGUCUUGCUGUCGCAGCCGAUUUUGUUUUCGCGCUGCCUAGAAAGCCCCUGCCGAGCAAACCCGUUGUGAUGCUUUUAUUGAUCUUUUUUUUCCUCGGAUGUUUUUGCAAGCAGGUGAAGUUAGAAUGCGCUGUUUUCAGAUGCGAAGCAGCUCUUUGGUGGUGGUGGUAGUGGUUAGAAGAGGAAAAAGGCCCCUGAUUUCUGCAGCCCAGUAGGGAGCACGGCGCAGUGCCUAGCUAGCUUCUGUAACGCUAACCCUCCGUCCGCACCGCUCCCCUCGCCGCAGGUGUUGGAGCGGUGCCAAGUAGCUCACGCCCUCCUAGCAGUGCGCGGUGACCUCUCUCCCUCGCCUGCCAUGAGCUCUAUUCCUUCACCCUCUCCACCGCGCGCAACACUCGAGCCCACUCCUCACGUGGGCAUAUUCUCACCCGCGCCAGCUCUCUCCAUUUGUUGGCGAGAAGAAGCCGCAAGCCAACGGGUGCACGCGCUUUGAGAAUCUCGCAGCGCUGACAAUGUGGCCAGUGCGCCGCUGCUUACCGCGCGAUCGCGCCGAUGGGUGGGACGCCGUCGCGGCAUGCUUCCCGCUAGUACCUUUCCCUGCUGUCGCCGGCGUCGUGAGGGUUAGCGAAGCCGCUCGCGUAGACACCGACAAGGCGCGAGCCAGGGAAGCCGAAGGCGAGCGUCGGCAGUGGAAGACUAGCGUCGCCGACGAGGUGCGAGUCAAGAACACCGAACGCGUUCGAGAAUACAGACGGUGCACGGGUAAUACUGACGAGAGGCGAGCCAAGGAAGCGGAGCGCAAGCAUCUUCAUCGCGUUUCGCCUCCCGUGUCUGUGUUUCAAACAAACGUUUACUCGAGUAAUCGCUACACCGAGUUUCGUUUCAAGCCGGUCUUACAGCACCCGCGUUCACAUCUCAUCAGGAUUCCCUUUGGGGAGAUGGUCCAUAGUUUUUUUUUGGAUGGACCGACUUUAACGGCACUUUUUUGAAAUGGUGUGUAGUAAUCGCUGCAGCCAUUUUCUUAUAUUUUAAAUAUUGUGACGCUUAUCGCCGUGGAGCUCAAAUCAAUGGCUUGCCCCCUUGGCCACAGAUUAGAAUACUGCUAUGUCAGGGUGAAAGGUCACUCCUCGAGUGCGUCUGAAAUGUUAAUAAUAUGCAUACCAUCGCUUUAGUAACAAAGAUGAUCAGGUGAAUGCAAGACAAAAUUUGCGCCACCACAAAGCCCGAUGACGUGGUAGUUCCUCAGUGCAUGCAAUUUCAAGUACAUAUUAAUGCCGACACUCAAACAAUCUAUGAUAAAAAAUGAACAUUGUAGUGCUUUACAAGACUUACCAAAGUGCACUUGAUUAUUUCUGUUCGAUUUCUAUUAAAAAAACGAACUUCUUUAGGCUAUUUUAGUGAACGGCGCGGGUUGUCCGGAAGUCCCGUUACCACUAGUGUAUAAUCUGAUGGCGCUGUUGCGUCUCCUUGGACUUUCUUCACUACAUUUCGGCGCACGCUACGAGGGUUCCUUUAUAAUGUGGAGGUGUAUUUAAUUUAUAGCCCAAUCCCCUGAAAGGACACGUCUUCAUUUACAUCUGGACGAGUAUACUGCAACUUUGAUUGAUUGAUAUGUGGGGUCGGCGCCAAUGUUUGUCUCCAAAUUACUUGGAAGCAUCUCGGACUGCGCCAAUGGGGCUCGCCCUGUGCGGCCGUGCACUAGCUCAACAGAGGGCCCAGUGGCGCUUCCAUUCAUAAAGGCCCCGUCAAGGCCUGACCGCAUAUACGCGUUGCAGCGCUUCAGCGCGUAGCUUGCCGACGUGGCACCGCGCCACCUCCUUAUGAAGGGAGAAUGCACGUAGUUUCACGUAGCCGCGCGCCCUCCCUACAAGGAGAUGGCACGGCGGCGCCGCGUCACGAAGCCACGCUGCAAGGCGUAGGCGGGGUCAGGCCUACCAAAUCACGCCGUGUCCUCCUCCUCGUGCAUUUCGCUCUCCCCAGCGGCUGUCGUGACGUCGACUGUCGGAUUAGGUGACGUCGCGAACAACAUACGCUAGUCGACUGUGGGUGAACUGCAAGAAGCGCGUGACUUCUUGACGCGUCGUCGGGUCCUCUCCCCACGGAAAGAAAAGGUGCGUGGCUGCUCGCCCUCUUUUCCUUUGAGAGAGGCCGCGGCGCCGCGUCAAGAAAAUCACGCGCUGACGCUUUGCAACGGGUAUGUGUGGUCAGGCCUUUAGUCACCGCGCGGCGAUGAGCAAAACUCCGAGAGUUGGAGAGACGAGUCGGCGAUGCGAGCGUAGCGAGGAACGAAAGCAGAAAGGAGUGCAUUUCGCUUGUCAAAAGCCGCAACUCUGCUAGCGUUCACCGUGAUCUCUUGCACAACUGCAAUGCGACAUCGAAUUUGAUUUGCUGAUGGCUUAGGGGCCUUGUAAGGACCCUGAAAAAUAUCUCUGAAGGCUUUUUAUAGAAUUUGACUCCGCUUUUUUUCUGUCCCUUGGCGCAACAGUAAGCAUUUUUCGAAAGUAUGAACGCGAACAUAAGAAUCAGUCAAGCACCAUGUACGUUUUAAAAAUUUCUUAUAAGCUAUAAAGUGAUAGAUCUUUUUGACGAGAACUAAAUACGUUUGCCUGACUGCAUUAAGAAUGAAGUGUUGUGAUACAACCGCAGAAGCCUUACGUAUGUGUUGUGCGAUCCGCCUCUUCAUGAAUUCGAAUGGCAGAAUAAGCUUACUUCAUUGAAUCGAAUGCACAAAAAUCGUGUUUUUUAAAACAGGAAGUUUGUUAUAGGGCUGUUUUUAUUAAACAGAGGUUCCGAGCUGCUGUACAAUUCUUGACAAAAGUACAAUUAUUAUUUUUUUGUGCAUAAAGAGCAAAAAUAUUUAUGCCUAGAAAGGUCUAGAAGCCUCAUGAUAAUAAAUGACACAGCCGAUUGUUGCAAUGAAUCAGCUGAUACUUAGUUCAACAUAUCAUUUGGGUGGACCACUCUAUUCGCCAGAUUCUGCUACAAAUCUAUGCAUGCACCCAGAUAGCCAUUAAGUAAAUAAAAAUCUCUACAAUAAAAUCAAAACCCAGUUAACACCAGCAUAUUGCUUAUUUCGUGGCUGUUUAUCACCACUCUCAGAAUAUGUUGAGCAUCCCCUGGGAAAUGGUGCAUUUCACAGUUUUGCAAACACUAUCAAACCUAUAUAGUGCAAUGACAACUUGUGCAAAGACAUGAACUAUUUGAGAAGUAUUGCAUCAAGACUUCAAUGUUUGUUUUUCCUGUUGAAUGUUGAUGUAUUACCUUUUGUCCAAUGACCAACUGGUGCUGUUGUCACUUUCUGAUACCAGAAAUCAUGUGCAACUUCUUAAUGUCUUUGAUGUUCAUCAUAUAUUUUUUUAAAAGAAUUUACAGCCCCUCCAUGAAAAAUGCAAUGCUUAUGAUGAACUCAACAAGUCAGUCGCUUGAUUGUAAAAAAAUUGUGUGCUAGAUGUAAAAAUUUUCAGCCAAUAUCAAUAAAAAGAAGAGGUUUUGACAAGUGAAAAAACAAUAACCUAUAUGCUUCAUGCAGCUGCACAUGUAGACUUUCUAUUCAUGAAAAUCAAUAGCCUUUGAGUGGUCAAAGUAACAAGAAAUUAUUGCUCUAUUAUUCAGCUUGAAUAAGGAGUGUUUGAAAAUAUGCACUUGUUAAAAAGACUUGGAAGCCAAAACGCUCUGAACUUGUUAUAUCCGACAUAUCAACGUUUUACAGCUGUUAAUGUUACUUGUUUACACUAAAGAUCAAUGUGAGACCUUGUGGAAACCGUAUUGUGACAAUCCGAUUGUGGUUUACAAUACCUGUACUUGGUUCUCCUUGUGUUAAACCCAUUAAGACAACUGUGCAAUGAUGAGUUGUCAACGGCAGAGAUGUUUCGUUGGUAGCGUCACAACGAGAACACCAGUGUUAACUUUCUCUUGUAACUGUCCCCAAGUGCAAAUGAGGGUGCAAUGAAUUGUUUUUUGCGCAAGUGUAUAUGAAGUAUUUGUUUGUGAGGCUAGCUAUUUAAAAUAGGGCAUUUUGUGAACAAGACUGUACUCUUUACUACAACCAUGUGUUUUCGUUUAAAUGUUUCUAGAAUUUUCCUCUUUGUAUUUGAAGCAGGAAUGCUGAAAUGGUUAACCAAAAAAGGUAUUGCGACUGCUCAAAUGAAAGAUGUCGCGAUUCUUAAUGUCAGAGCACUGUAAGAUGUCCAAAGAUUACUGCUGUAGACAGAGUGAACGCUUUGACAUUAUCCUUUUGUACUGAAUGCUUUUGUGUAACCAUUUCAGGAUUCCGUAAUAAGAGUAUCAGCAUGAAAUUAUUUUUUAACGGUGUUGACUGUUGUGAUGAUACCUGUGUGCUUACAUUUUAUGAUAAAGGCACUUUCUCCAGUAACAUUGAGAGUAUGAAGAGUCGUUGUUGCAAAUAGGCCCAGAAUUGAAACGCUAAGCAUAAAAAGGGGCAUGGUGCAACAUGAAAAACUUAAGAGUGUGCCUGUUUUUUUUUAUGUUGAAGCAACCCUUUUUUUUUACUUCGUCCUAGCUCACAUCAUAAUAGCUCUAGUCAGAAAGCCGGAAUGUGAAAGGCAAGUUGUAUACAUUAUCGAAGCUCAGUCGUCAGAUGCAACUUCCUGGGUCAAGCGAUUUGCUGCAAGUGUUGUUGAAAGUGUGUUGCUUUCAUGCGAAUGAACAUGAAGUGGAGUGAUCCGUCCGUGCGAAAGUGUGCAGCCACUUGCAGAAUGCGGUGUUGGUGAUGUGUUGUUUCCCAGCGACAAUAAACGAAAGGAUGAUGCAACGUGCAGUUGUGUCGUUGGCUGGAAC